AUGUCUUAUAAUAAGAAAAUAAAAAAGUUAACUUCCAAUCAAAUUAAAGAGCUUAGACAAGCAUUCGAUUUAUUUGAUACAGAUCAUAGUGGUGCUAUAUCAUUGCCUGAAUUGAAACAAGCAUUAUCUGCGUUGGGUAUUCAUCUAACCGAUCAUGAAGCACGACAAAUGUUUUCAGCAAUUGAUAUAGACAGUCGAAUUGAGUUCGAAGAAUUUGUUGAAGUUGUAGCUGAUUCUUAUUUUAAAAAAUUUUCACGUUCAGAAAUUCUUGAAGCAUUUCGACGUUUUGAUCAUAAUCGUGAUGGUUAUAUUGAAGCUCAUGAGUUAAAAACUAUUUUGGCUAAACUAGGAAGACAUUAUUCUAAUGAAGAAAUUCGUCGCAUGAUUGCUCAAGUCGACCGAGAUGGCAAUGGAAAAAUAUCUAUUGAAGAAUUUGCCGAACUUGUCGAAAAACAGUCGUAA